ACGCAGAUGCAGUAAUCUCUCUCUCUCUCUCAAAUUACUUUUAACGAACUGAUUAUCUAAUUUUCGGUGAUCCGCACUGCAGAGCUAGAGAUGGCGGAAGACAAGUACAAUCGCAAGAACCCCUCCGUCAAGAGGAUUUUGCAGGAGUUUAAGGAGAUGCAAUCGAAUCCCUCCGAUGAUUUCAUGAGCCUUCCGCUCGAGGAAAAUAUAUUUGAAUGGCAGUUUGCAAUUAGGGGGCCAAGAGACUCUGAGUUUGAAGGAGGAAUAUACCAUGGAAGAAUUCAAUUGCCUGCUGACUAUCCUUUCAAUCCACCUUCAUUUGUGCUGUUGACGCCAAAUGGUCGAUUUGAAACCCAAACCAAGAUCUGCUUGAGCAUCUCAAACCAUCACCCUGAGCAUUGGCAACCAUCCUGGAGCGUCCGCACUGCCUUGGUAGCUUUAAUUGCAUUUAUGCCAACAAGCCCAAAUGGUGCAUUGGGAUCCUUAGAUUACACGAAAGAAGAAAGGCGAGCACUUGCAAUUAAGUCUCGUGAAGCUGCUCCAACUUUCGGGUCUCCUGAUCGCCAAAAGCUAAUUGAUGAGAUCCACGAAUAUAUGCUCAGUAAAGCCCAGUCAGUGCCUGAAGACGUUAAGCCCUCCGAAAAACGAAACAUUGGAAGCAAUGAAAAUCAGCAGAGCCCUCAAAACAAUGUUGAAGGACAUACUGAAACACUUCCAAAUCCAGCUGAAAAUGAUGAAAUCAUUCAAGAACCUAUUGAGAUGGCUGCAAAUGCUAAUGCAAAUCAUUCAAGUGUGCCCUCGACUGAACAUCAGCUGAUGCAGAAUCCAGAGCCAAGGGUUGUUCAAAAACCGAAACCAGCAGAUGAUCGUUUGUUCACAUGGGCGGCUUUUGGGCUUACCAUCGCUAUAGUUGUUCUUUUGCUGAAGAAGUUCUUGAAAGCCAACGGUUAUGGUGCUGUCUUUUUGAAUGAGUCGUAAAAUGACUGUAGAAAUAUGACGCAAGUGAAAUAGGGAGCACACUAGAAAAAAAAAAUCUGAAAUACUAUCAGUUCUAAUGCGGAUGUGUAUGCAUUUUUCAUGUUUAUUUCUUUUACUUUCUUUGUUUCUUAAAUGUGUUUUGAAUAUAGUGGGGUGUUGUAUAGGUGAAAUAAUCUGUGUGCUUUUUACGACUUUGUUACGAAGCUUGAACUUUUUUUUUACUGUGAUAGUCGUAUUUCUUGUGUUGAAUCAGAUGGUGCAGAUGCUGAUUGCAUCAUGUAUGAUUGAUAUAUUCUGUUCUUCAUUGUGUUUUAUGCUUCUUCAGAUUUUCUUGAUAAGUUAAAUAUUGCAAGUCCC